AUGACUAGUAGUGACGCUAAUAGUAGAAAACAACGCAUAAAAUGGGGUGAAGGUGCUACACUCGCCUUAUUAGAUUUUUUACGUGAAAACAAAGAUGAGCUAAGUCAGUUGAAAAGUACACGGGGUGGAUCUAAGCCGGACGCGGACUUGUGGAAUAGAGCUUCAGAUUAUCUUUGCAACUUGAAUCAUAAUGUUAACAAUAUUCAAGCUUUUACUAAAUGGAAGAAUCUUCUUGACAAUUACAAGGAUGAUGAGGAUGAGGAUGAAUUAAGAUAUUUAAGAAAAAGAAGAGAUAAAAAGAAAUCAACUGCAGAUUUAUUAGAAGUUUAUAUUAACCAUUGCAUCAGUCAACAAGAAGAAAGACGUAAAGAACGUGAAUUGAAAGAAAAGGAAAGAAAAGAAAGGCAUGAAAGACGAGAAAAAUUGGAUAUGAUGAUGUUUAACAUUUUACAUAAUAUUUCAAUGCCAUUUAUACCACAAAAUCAAGGUUAA